GCUGCAGGAGAGCUGUUGAGGGGACGGUGCUCAACUUCAGGAGGAGCAAAGAUGUUGAAAAAACUCUUUAAAAUCCUGUCGCUUUUUGCCUUUUUCAGUGUGGCAUGUUUAGUUGUGUUUGUAUACUACAGCAAAGAAGACAGCUUUAAGAAUGUAAAGCCUUAUGAUGGAGAGAAUGGAACCGACAGACUUCCACUGAAGACUGAAGUCCGAAAUGCCAGCCAAGCAGAGACAGAGAUGACACCCACUCCAAACAAGACUCAGGCACCGUGUCCUGACACCCCUCCCAAUCUAGUGGGUGUCCUCCAUGUGGACUUUAAUUCUAAAAGGAAUCUGGAUGAGGUGAGAAAGGAGCUCGGUUCUCUUCUUCAGGAAGGAGGAAGGUACAAGCCACCAGACUGUGUCGCCAAACAGAAGGUGGCAAUCAUCAUCGCAUUCCGAAAUCGGCACGAGCACCUCAACCAUUGGCUGCAUUAUCUCCAUCCUAUCCUGAUGCGACAGCAGCUGGACUACAGAGUGUAUAUCAUUAACCAGGAUGGAGAGGGAGUGUUCAACCGGGCUAAACUGAUGAAUGUGGGCUACGUGGAGGCACUGAAGGAAUACGAUUUUGAGUGCUUCGUCUUCUCUGACAUAGAUUUAGUUCCUAUAGAUGACCGGAACCUCUACAGAUGCUUUGAGAAUCCCCGACACUUGGCCGUGGGUAUGGACAAAUUUAACUUCCAUUUACCCUACAAUGGGUUCUUUGGUGGGGUUUCUUCAUUGUCUAAGAAACAAUACUUGAAAAUAAACGGUUUCCCAAACACUUACUGGGGCUGGGGGGGCGAGGACGACGAUAUCUACAAACGAAUUAUCUUCCGUGGAAUGUCCAUUUCUCGACCGAACACAGUGACAGGAAGGUACAAGAUGAUCAAACAUUCGAGGGACUUGCACAAUGAGCAGAAUCCAAAUAAUCCUGGAAAACUGAGCCACACACGUCAGACCAUGGAUACCGAUGGGAUUAAUACCCUCAAAUACACAGUCAAGGAGAUUGUGCAUGAUACAUUGUACACUUAUAUCAAUGUGGAUAUUGACGCUCCGUUACACUGAAGGAUGGAACCUGUGAAACUGGAAAUGCUAUUAAAUCAUUGGUGGUUUCAGUGUGUGUGUGUGGUGUCUGCAUGGGUGUGUGUGUGUGCAUACGUUUUAAAUAUGUACAGAGAUUAGUUACAGUUUCUCUCGCAAUCCUCAAAUGACAAUCGUUACCGUCAAAUAAAACAUGUGAAGGUAACACUU